GAGAGAUGUGCUUGAAGACUGGCAUUCAGCUCCGUCUCAGAGAAUACAUUCUUGACAACCGUAACAAAGUGCCAAUCUCUCCUGAAGACGUGCUCAACAUCCUGCCCGUCGUCAAGCACAUAACCACAACAACCACCGACGCCACCCGGAUGUUCAAGGUGGCUCAGAACAGUCUUCAGAAAGGGUUACUGGAGCAGGCGUACGAGCAGCUGAAAGAAGCGACGUACCUCUUCGGUCGCGUGUGCGAUGACCUUCACCCUGAAGCCUGCCAUUGUCUUAGUCAGCUGGCAAAAGUGGCCUAUGUACAGGGUCAUCCUGCUGAGGCUCGUAGCGUGCAGCUGAGGGUUGUGGUCAUCAGCGAAAGGGUUCUGGGUUUCGAUCAUCCCAACACCAUUCAGCAAUACGUGUUGUUGGCAGUGUAUCUGUUAGCUGGAGGCGAAACCACUCUGGCUCAGCGCUGCCUGUAUCGUGCCAAAGUUCUUCUGCUGACGGUUCACGGAGCAGAUCAUCCUUACACUGCAGUCAUUGAUGCUUCUCUGGGAUUGGUUCUUCAGGGAGAGCAGGCAUUACAGUAUCUACAGACCGCACUGAAACUCAACAGCUCCUUCAGAGGAGACACAGACCUGACGACAGCUCUGAUGCACCAUCUGCUGGCUCAGAGACUGUGUGUGGCUGGAGACUACAGAGGAGGCAUGAAUCAUGAAAAAGAAGCUCACAGCAUCUUCCAGAGCAAGUGCGGAGAAGAUCAUCCUCAAACCAAAUGCAGCUCUGACUUCCUGAGGAACAUUACCCAGCAGGCCGUACGUGUCGAACGGUCAAUUCGUCAGGGAGGCGCGGAGCUUUGUGAUGCACCACCUGAGGGUUUGGUUCCCUCUCAGGACACCACGCUGGAGCAGCUCGCUCUGGUCAAUGGCAUACUGAAGACUUCAUACAGCACAAGAAUGAUGGAGUUCAAAGAGAAGCUGAAAGAGAGGAAAGCAGCAGAAGAGGCGGAAAAGGCUAAACUGGAGAACUCUGAAUCGACCAAUGAGAACAAAGCUUCAGAGCUGCAGACCAAUAAUGGAGAGGUUACUGAGGAGACCACAGCGAAUGCGGAACAGACGCAAGAGGCCACAGACGCAAAUGCAGAAAGUCAGUCAUCGGAAACUGACUCUUCUGAGAAACCAGACCACUCUAAAAUAAACGGCCAGAUCGAGUCCCAUCUGCAUAAUGGAGAUUGUGCCACAAAAAACAAAAGUGAGGAGGAGGAACAACAGUCAAACAUCACUAACGGUGUCUCCACUGAGAGCCAAUCAAAGUCAAGCAAUAUUAUGACAUCAGUAAAUGAAGAACAGUCAGAAUCAGCAGUGGUGAGUGGAAAAGAGUGUGUUGUGAAGGAAGAUUCAGGUGAUUCUGAGAAGCAGGUUGAGACAGAGUGAGUGAGAUACAGUAUGAUGGGAUUGAUCCAGUGUUUGACACAUGACCAUCUCAAUUCAGUGUCUUUUUUAAUAACACAAGAGAGAAGAUGAAGCCAAAAAAUGACAAUAUCUUGAAGACAAAGUUUUGAAGUCAUUAAAAUGUUUGACUAAAUAAAGGUUCAUUUCUGUGAGUGAA